CUUACUGCGGAUAUCCGCCAGUGCCACCGUUCUGUUACUGUGGCAAUAUACCACCACAUCAUCAUCCAAAUGGUAUGGUAUAUAUGUCAUAUCCCAACAGGCCUCCUGCGGAUUGUCAGUCAAGAACAGAGUACCCUACUCCUGAUGCACAGCUCCCAUCAAUAGAAGACAACGGGCACCAUAGAGCUGGUAGAAGCCAAAUGCAAUUCGCCACACAACAAAUGGAGCCUAUUCCUCCAGUGCCACAACCAUGGAGCGAAAAUCCUCACAGUGAGUAUCUGCCAGUGCCAUCGCUCUGUUACUGUGGCAACCUACCACCACAUCAUCAUCCAAAUGGUAGCGUGUAUGUGCCAUAUCCCAACAGUCCUCCCGCAGGCAGUCAGUCAAGAUCUUACCACCCUAAUCAUGGCGGACAACAUCCAGCAUCCAUGGAAGACAAAGGACAUCAAGGAACUGGUAAAGUCGAAAUGCAUCACGCCUUGCAACAAAUGCAGCCUAACCCUCCAGAGCCACAUCCAUGGAAUGGCUACCCUCACUGUGGGCAUCUGCCAUUACCGUUAUGUUACUGUUGCAAUAUACCACCACAUCAUCACCCUGGUGGUAUGGCAUUAAUGUCAUAUCCCAACAGGCCUCCUGAGGACAGUCAGCCAAAAACUGAACACCCCAAUCUUGACGGACAACCCUCGGCUUCAGUGGAAGACACGGAACAUCAACGAGUUGUUACAAGCCAAAUGAACCACACCACACAACCUAUGCAGCCUCACAAUGGAUAUCAGCAAUUGCCACCUUUUUGUUACUGUGGCAAACUACCGCCACACCAUCCUGAUGGCAUCAUGCAUGUGCCAUAUUCUCACAUGCCCCCUACAGACGGUCAACCUUAAUCGUACUAUAAAUCUGCACGUCUACGCAAUGCAGUGCUGUGAAAUUAUUUAGGCCACGCCCAUUACGUCCCCUGAAAAGAUUCAGUCACCCUUGUCCGAGCGGGGAUGCUGGGUGCUCUUGUACAAAACAAACCUUAGAGCUAAGGCUACCUGAAGUCUAUGUUAAGGUAUUGGAGUUACGGUGACUUAGCGCUAAGAUCGCUUUGUACAACGGCACCCAGGUCGAUGUGAUCUCUCCUACAGGAUGGGGAGCUUUGCGAAAUGUGAACAAGCUUUUAUAGCUUUGAACGUGAAAAUUAUAAUAUGAUUUCCCUUCAUUCCUUCCUCGAUGAGUCAGGUCUCUGUGUCUGGAGCGGUGGUGUAGCCUAGAGAUUAACACGUUCGCUCGUCACAGCGAAGACCAGGGUUCGAUUCCCCACAUGGGUACAAUGUGUAAAGCCAUUUCUGGUG